AUGGGUGCGAGGCAUGGACACUGCUGGCUGAGUCAGAAAGACAAAUUCAGACUUAGGAAGUUGCUCCGCAUCUCAUACUUGGAGCACAAGACCAAUGAGUUUGUUAGGAACAAGGCCGAGAGUCUUGUUGGUCCCCAGGAACCUCUUCUUGCCACCAUGAAGCGACGGAAGCUUAAGUGGUUCGGCCACGUCACGCGACAUAACAGUCUUUGCCAGACUAUCAUGCAGGGCACUGUCGAGGGAGGACGAAGGCGAGGGCGACAACGGAAGAGCUGGGUAGACAACGUAAAGGAAUGGACAAACAUGAAUAUGUCAGAACUCCUAGUGCAGGCCGCUGACAGAACAGCAUGGAGGAGGACUUUAGCUUCUUCUGCCCCCGGGUCCCCCCAACGACGGCAACAGUCAAGGGAAACGUAA